GUAUCAACAAGCGCGUAUCGACAUAGGCUAACAAGUCGAAGCGCAUUAACCGGGCGUCCCGAUAGAACGUCAUCAUGGUUGCGACGGGACAUUCCGUAGAAGAAGGCCUCGUCACCUCGGUCACUGAGUACGUCAGGUCCUACAUGUCGAAUUACGACGGCUCUCAUGAUUUCAACCACAUCAAACGUGUUGUAGGACUUGCCAAAUUCAUCCAUGAUCACUCCCCCGGUAGCACUACGCGAGAUCCGCAAGUUGUCAUCUUAAGCGCCCUUCUGCACGAUGUAGGAGACAAGAAAUAUCUAAAGCCGGGCGAAGAUGCUUCAACCCUGGUAUAUGAGCUCCUUCUAUCUCUAGGUGCAGCGGAGCAACUUGCGAACCGAGUUCAGACGGUCUGUUUAGGCGUUAGCUAUUCGAGCGAGAUCAAAGAUCCAGCUCGCGUCCAGGAUCUCGUCAAGUCUCACCCUGAACUAGCAGUUGUUCAGGACGCUGAUCGACUCGAUGCCAUCGGGGCUAUUGGGAUCGGAAGAGUCUUUACGUUUACAGGUGCUCGGACUAAAGCAUCCAUGGCAGAUUCCAUCCAGCAUUUCCACGACAAGCUACUAAAACUCGAAAGCAUGAUGAAGACGGAUGUUGGACGAGAACUUGCCAAAGCAAAAACCGAGAAAAUGCAAGAAUUCCUCAAGUGGUGGGAUGAAGAAGCGGCCUUUUCCAGUGGACUACCGGCUGCGGUCUAAGAACAGCUUGACCGCUUAACUAUUUCCUUCAUGCUACUAUCAUCGUCUAUCUAGUUUGCACAUACGCCAACAACACAUUAGAUUCCAAUUGGAAACCUCAAAUCAGAAAUAUCUUUACCGGCCCAG